GUGUGCGCAUGUGCAGAUGCGAGUCACGUGACUUAUCGUAUAUAUAUGGCAGAGGGCGCUGUGGCUGGUUAGUACAGCACACACACUGAGGGAAGACGUGCGAGAGUGUUCAAGUGGCAGUUUGCUUACAACUUUACAAGUGGUACACAAUGCAGAUCUUCGUGAAGACCUUGACUGGAAAGACCAUCACGCUUGAGGUGGAACCUUCAGAUACCAUAGAGAAUGUGAAAGCAAAGAUUCAGGAUAAGGAAGGGAUUCCCCCUGAUCAGCAGAGGUUGAUCUUUGCUGGUAAGCAGCUUGAAGAUGGCCGUACACUUUCUGACUACAACAUUCAGAAGGAGUCUACGUUGCACUUGGUUCUUCGGCUCCGUGGUGGCAUGCAGAUAUUUGUGAAAACCCUUACUGGAAAAACCAUAACAUUGGAAGUGGAACCUUCAGAUAGCAUUGAGAAUGUAAAAGCAAAGAUUCAGGAUAAGGAAGGGAUUCCACCUGAUCAGCAGAGGUUGAUCUUUGCUGGUAAGCAGCUUGAAGAUGGCCGUACACUUUCUGACUACAACAUUCAGAAGGAGUCUACGUUGCACUUGGUUCUUCGGCUCCGUGGUGGCAUGCAAAUAUUCGUAAAGACCCUUACUGGAAAGACUAUCACAUUGGAGGUAGAGCCUUCAGAUACCAUUGAGAAUGUAAAAGCAAAGAUUCAGGAUAAGGAAGGGAUUCCCCCUGAUCAGCAGAGGUUGAUCUUUGCUGGUAAGCAGCUUGAAGAUGGCCGUACACUUUCUGACUACAACAUUCAGAAGGAGUCUACGUUGCACUUGGUUCUUCGGCUCCGUGGUGGCAUGCAGAUAUUUGUGAAAACCCUUACUGGAAAAACCAUAACAUUGGAAGUGGAACCUUCAGAUAGCAUUGAGAAUGUAAAAGCAAAGAUUCAGGAUAAGGAAGGGAUUCCACCUGAUCAGCAGAGGUUGAUCUUUGCUGGUAAGCAGCUUGAAGAUGGCCGUACACUUUCUGACUACAACAUUCAGAAGGAGUCUACGUUGCACUUGGUUCUUCGGCUCCGUGGUGGCAUGCAAAUAUUCGUAAAGACCCUUACUGGAAAGACUAUCACAUUGGAGGUAGAGCCUUCAGAUACCAUUGAGAAUGUAAAAGCAAAGAUUCAGGAUAAGGAAGGGAUUCCCCCUGAUCAGCAGAGGUUGAUCUUUGCUGGUAAGCAGCUUGAAGAUGGCCGCACACUUUCUGACUACAACAUUCAGAAGGAGUCUACGUUGCACUUGGUUCUUCGGCUCCGUGGCGGCCAGUAAAUGUUCAAAUUAAGACAAAUACUCUCUCGGCUUAAUGUUAUAAUUUAUAACUUCUGCCUGUUCCUUUAAGUUGUAGGUACUGUAUUUUUUUCCCCCCAAUAUCUUUAAUUUUUUUAUAAUGUACUAGAGCAAAAUAAAUGGAAGUUCCUUA